AAAUUUUCGGUCUUUUCUCUCUCGAAGCUUUGUCUCUCUCUCUAAAAUUUCGUCUGCAAAAAUGGCGUCGGUUGAGAACCCUGAGCCUGAGGUAGACAUGGCUGCCUCCUCGGAAGCUCCCGUGGAGGUUGCAGUCGUGGCUGAGAAGCCAGCUUCGAAACCCGUGAAAGAGAAGAAGGUGAAGGUCCCUAAGGAGAAGAAGCCCAAGACUACUGCUGCUCAUCCACCUUAUUUCCAGAUGAUCAAGGAAGCUAUCUUGGCAUUGAAAGAGAAGGGAGGGUCUAGCCCUUAUGCCAUUGCAAAGUUCAUGGAGGGGAAAUACAAGGCUGUGCUCCUAGGUAAUUUCAAGAAAAUGCUUGCCCUUCAGCUCAAGAACCACGCUGCAAAAGGGAAGCUCGUCAAGGUGAAAGCCUCUUAUAACCUUGUUGAAGAGGUGAAGAAAGAAGCUCCUGCAAAGAAACCCACAAAGAAGCCUGUAACUACUGCUUCAAAGAAGCCUAAGGCCCAAAAGAAGUCUGCAGCCUCUGCUCCUAAAGCUUCUUCGAAGCCAUUGAAGAAAAAGACCACAUCUGUUAAGAAAUCCCCAGCUCCUAAGAGGGCAGCACCUGCUAAGCCAAAGCAACCAAAAUCCAUUAAGUCUGUGAAGUCACCUGUGGCGAAGAAGGCGAGGAAGGUGGCUUAGGCAGUGAGAAGUUGAUAGUGCCAUGGCCGAGUCUUGUAAUAUUUGAUCUGUAAAUUCUUCUUCUUGACAUAGGAGCUUGUUUCUUUCUUCCCCUGUUCUGAAGGCUGGCUCGUCGGAUAAUGGUGGAAGUUUUUUUGAUGGAUUGUAGAUCC